AUGUACGCUAUAAAUAAAUCCAAGAGUAACGAUAGUAUCGAUAGUCAAAAAUCAAAAUCAUCCAGUUUAAACGAGCUUAAAUCAAAAUCAAAAUACAAAUCACCAGAUGGAAAAUCAAAUCAUAGAACGGAGUGCAAAAAACGUAGACUUUCAUCAUAUAAUAAAGAAAAACUUGAAGAAAUCAAUAAAUUUAUGAUACAAUCAAAGCCAGAACCUAUGAUUUUUCAAAAAUUAGUUGAACUCAACAUCAUUAACUUCGUUGAAGUGAAAGAUAUACUAAAAAAUGUGUUAACUGAGAUGAACACUUUAAAUUUAACAAAUAAUCCACCACCAAAAUUGAGUUCACUGUCCAUAAAAGUUUCAAAACAAAAUAUCGGACCGAAGCAGAGUGAUAUUUUAAAGGUUAUAACACCACCAUUUGCUAAUGACAUGUUUAAUUAUGAGCGCAUGGAAACAUACGGCGAUAGUUUCCUGAAAUUUGCUGUAUCAUUGGUAUUAUUUGAUGCUUUUCCAUCAGAUAACGAAGGAGUUCUUACUGAAUUAAAAAUGAAAUUGGUUGGAAAUCGAAAUUUGUUAUAUGCUGGCAGGAAUUUAAAUCUUGGAUCUUAUUUAGUGGUAAAUGUUUUUGACCCAAACAUGGAUUGGAUACCUCCAUGUUUUGGUGUUCCUAAAAAAUUAAAGGAAAUCAUUGAGGAGGGUAAUUUUCAAUCAGAUGUACUUCAUCAGAUAACCAUUCCUAAAGACAAUCAAACUACCGGAAUAUUAUCAGAUGAAACUUGGACUGAAAUUGAGGCUGAACUCUUGAAAUUUAAGCGAUUGUCUGAUAUGCCAAUAUCAGAUAGCGAUGAAGAAGAUGGUAUACCACAAAUUGGCCAUUCACAAUCUGAUCUAUUUUUACACAAACAAUCAGUAUCGGAUAAAAUGGUGGCUGACUGUGUUGAAUCAUUGAUUGGUACAUAUGUAUAUAAACGUGGAGUUGAAGUAGGCUUUAAGGUUCUCCAAGGUCUGGGUAUUAUACCAAUACAAUUCAUUGAUACAUUUAAGCCUAAACCAAUGGAAAACUUAUAUGUUGGCUUAGAUUUUUCAAAAAUUUUGCCUGGAUAUGAAUUACUUGAACGAAGAAUUGGUUACUCAUUUAAACAUAAGCAUCUAUUAGCUCAAGCUCUAACCCAUCCAACCUACCAAUUUGGGUUUUCUGAAUGUUAUCAAAGACUUGAAUUUCUUGGUGAUGCUAUACUUGAUUUCUUGAUUACAACAUAUAUAAUAGAACAUUGUUAUCACAAAACUCCUGGUGAAAUAACUGAUAUUAGAUCUUCACUAGUAAACAACAUAACAUUUGCUUCAUUGAGCGCAAGAAUUGGACUGCAUAGAUUCAUUUUAGCUAAAUCUGUACAAAUGACUGAAGCAAUAGAUCGUUUUUAUGAACAUCAACAAAAAAACAAUCAUAAAAUUGGCCAAGAAGUUUUGUAUCUAAUAGAAGAAAGUGAUUGUUAUGCAGCUGAAUCUGUAGAUGUACCGAAAGUAUUGGGAGACUUAUUUGAGUCACUAAUUGCUGCAAUUUAUUUAGACUGUGAUAGAGAUUUAAAUUUUGUGUGGGCCAUUUGCUAUAGAUUUUUGGAAAAAGAAAUCAAAGAAUUUUGUGACAAUGUUCCUAAAAAUCCUAUACGUAUUUUACACGAAACUAAAUUACAACCAACUUUCAGUAAACCUGAUGCUUCUGACAAGGCAGUGGAUAAAGGAUUAGGAACAAUGAUGAGGUUAGAGAUAAUUUUGAACAACAAGAUCAUGAAAAUAUAUGGAUUUGGUCAGAAUAAAAAAGAAGCUAAGGUUGCUGCUGCCAAAAUGGCCCUAAAGAAUAUGAAAAAAAUGUUAUCAUAA